CUGGUGAGAUAAAAGUGAUCGAUGCCAUAGAUUUCGAGAAUAACAAUAAAUACGAAAUGCGUAUUUAUGCUAAAGAUGGUUAUGGACUUUUUUCAGAUUCCAAAGUAAUAAUUGAUAUAACUGACGUUAAUGACAAUUCCCCCGUGAUUUAUAUGCAGUCAACAAUGAAUCCCAUACCUGAGAACAUCCCACCUGGUACAGAGGUGGGCAUCAUUAAUGUGCAAGAUGAAGAUUCUGAGAGUAAUGGACAGGUCCGCUGCUCCCUCCAGCAGAGUGUCCCUUUUAAGUUAGUUCCAUCUAUUAAAAAUUAUUAUUCUCUGGUGAGUACAGGACAACUGGACCGUGAAGUGGUGUCUGAUUACAACAUUACAAUCACUGCCACUGACGAGGGAUCUCCACCUCUGUCCUCCUCUAAAAGUGUUCAGUUGUCUGUAGCUGACAUCAAUGACAACCCACCUGUGUUUGAGGAAGAGUCGUACAGCGCAUAUGUGAGUGAAAAUAACAAAGCUGGCUCCACUUUAUGUUCCGUUGCUGCUCGAGACCCUGACUGGAGACAAAACGGUACCGUGAUUUAUUCACUGUUAGCUGGAGAGGUGAACGGUGCCCCGGUGUCCUCCUAUGUGUCUGUGAAUGGAGACACGGGGGUGAUCCAUGCUGUGAGGUCGUUUGAUUAUGAACAGCUGAGGAGUUUCAAAGUGCAGGUGAUGGCCAGAGACAACGGUUCUCCUCCCCUGAGCAGCAACGUGACAGUCAGUGUGUUCAUAUCAGAUGUGAAUGACAACGCUCCUCAGAUCUUGUACCCCGCCCCGGAGGGCAACUCCUUCAUGACCGAGCUGGUCCCCAAAGCUGCACACGGAGGCUCUCUGGUGUCCAAAGUGAUUGCAGUGGACGCGGACUCCGGACAGAACGCCUGGCUGUCCUACCAGAUAGUCAAAUCCACUGAUCCGGGACUUUUCACUAUCGGUGUCCACAGUGGAGAGAUCAGGACACAGCGGGACAUUUCUGAAUCUGACAGCAUGAAACAGAACCUGAUCGUGUCAGUGAAAGAUAACGGACAGCCCUCUCUGUCUGCCACCUGCUCCAUGUAUUUACUGAUUUCUGACAACCUGGCUGAGGUUCCAGAGCUGAAGGACAUUUCCUAUGAUGAGAAGAACUCCAAGCUGACUUCCUACCUGAUCAUUGCGCUGGUGUCUGUGUCCACCUUUUUUCUGACUUUCAUCAUUAUCAUCCUGGGUGUGAGGUUUUGUCGCAGGAGAAAGCCCAGACUGUUGUUUGAUGGAGCAGUGGCCAUCCCCAGUGCUUAUCUCCCUCCAAAUUACGCAGAUGUUGACGGCACAGGAACUUUACGCAGCACCUACAAUUAUGACGCCUACCUGACAACAGGAUCUCGAACCAGUGACUUUAAGUUUGUGAGCUCUUACAACGACAACACGCUGCCUGCUGACCAGACUCUGAGGAAAAGUCAAUCGGACUUUGCUGACGCAUUUUCAGAUGGUGACAGUUCUCCUGAGGUAGGAACGAUUUUUUUUUUUUCUUGA